AUGGCGUCUCUGCUUCUCAAGGGCGUGCACAAGCGGCUGGGCCUGCCCACCAUCUCCAUCUCCUGCACCUCCGCCGACGCCACCAACAUCAUCGCCUCCACCGGCACCGGCGCCGUCGUCGGCAGCAGCGGCCGGGCCAUCGACCGCCACUCGCCGCGCCUCCGCGACCCGCACCGCUCCUCCGCCUCCAAGCCGCCCAGGCCAAGCACCAGUAGCACCACCAAAGACUCGGCGUCCUCCGACGACCCCAAGCAGCAGCAGCAGCACGGCCACGGCAGCAAGAAGAAGAAGAAGAGCACCACCGCUGCUGCUGCCGGUAUCAGUGGCAGUAGAUCUUCAGAGAAGAGGCUGGAGGCGCCGCCGUCGACUGGGCACCAAGCAGAGUCUUCGUCGUCGGGGACGUCCUCCUCUGCUUCGUCGUCGUCGGAGAUCACGGCCGUCCAAGAAGAGGAGCAGCACAAGCCGGCGGCGCUGGCGCGGUCGUCCUCGACGACGGCGGCGGCGAGGACGACGCAGGUGGUUGUGCUUCGGGUGUCGCUGCACUGCAAGGGGUGCGCGGGCAAGGUGAAGAAGCACCUCGCCAAGAUGGAGGGCGUGACGUCGUUCGACAUCGACAUCCCGAGCAAGAAGGUGACGGUGGUCGGCGACGUGACGCCGCUGGGGGUGCUCACCAGCGUCUCCAAGGUCAAGCCCGCCCAGUUCUGGCCGUCGACGCCGUGCCCCCCGCGGGCCUCAGCUUCCUUCUGA